AUGUCCAGCCGACUCAUGGAAGUGCGUGAGCGGUAUAAGCAACUACGUCGGAAAGCUUCCUAUGAUGUUUCGGUGAAAUCUCCUGACGUUAUCAAGCCGUCCUGGAAAGAGUCUAAGGCAGAGAUGUCUGUCGAGGAAUUGGAAAACCCCCUCCCGCGAUAUUCGCGCUACAGCGCUGCUCACGACGAGAGCUUCGAAGACUCGGUCUCAACAGCUAAUAUACUGAAUCCGCCGGUACAGGCUUUUGGCAAGGGUCUUGGGACAGUGGCUGCUAGUAUAGAAACGCUUCCAUGCACAGAACCUCUCAAGACCAGCGAGGUUUUGCAGCCACCCUUGUGGUUCCGUGAGUAUGGAGGAAAACACGAGAACAGAGCCACAUGCCUUGACGUUGAAGGUUCUAUCGAGAAGAGAGAAGCUCGGCCAAGUGGUGAUGUGAUUAAUGCGAGUCUGGAAACUAUAAAGCUCUUUGUUGAUCCGGACAAGGGGGAAGCGACGGAACUGCAAGAGGAAGAAGAUUCCCUGGACCACGGCUCCGGCGAUGAUCUUGCCGCUGGUGAAUCCAUCGAAGAGGGAGGAGUUUCUGCUCUUCUCGAGGACGUGCCGUGUGCUUCUCCCUCGCCCAGCGGCAGUUCAAGUUCCCAGCACCUUGCUGGCAAGACUGCUGAGAUCAAUCUGAUUGACUUGACCGUCCAGGAGGAAGACGAGGCAGAGAUAUUGUCCCAGAAGCGCUCAUCUGAUACGCUCCUCUUGAGCUCGAAUCAAACACUCGGCUCCUCACAACUGAGCGAGACUGCAUCCUUAUGUAAUCGAACCUAUGUGGGUGCCGGGACGUUAGCGGCAGAGAUCGGAGGAAACGCGCGGCUUGGCUCGUUCGAUAAUACCAGCCUCGCGGGGCCACCUCAAAGAACUGAUAGUGGACCUGAGCUGGCUGCCGUGUCUGAGAUGACGCCAGUGGAGCCGGCAAAUGGUCCGGAGUCUUCCGCUCGUCCUUCCGGCCGCGAAAUGACUACACUUCUUACUCAACGGCAAACUGUGGUGGCGGAAAAGAGAGUACAGGUGCGUCCUCAGCUACAAGAUAACGGAGUGCAAGUGGAGCUUUACAAGAGGUGUUGUCACAGCCCUUUACGGUUGGCGAGACUUCUGAAGGAGUUCGGUGGUGAUAAGAGUGGCACUGGGGCUAGGCUGCAGGUCUGCUUUGAUGAGCUCAUGGCCCGCAGCAGAGUGACAAGAGCGUUGGAUGAUGCUAGCUGGGCUUCCCUGAUGAGAGAUGCUCUUGGGAAGGUGGAGUCCGUAGACCUAGGACAGCUGAUCCUGGAUGCGUCGAGGGCGAUGGUGGAGCAGAUGAGGCCUUGCAAUGCAGUCACUGUGGGUGUCCAGACUCAGAGCUUCCGACUAGCGGUUGAGCAUAGUGCGCCGUAUAGUGAAUUGUUGAAUAAGUACGAGACGAAGUGCAAAAGGGUCGCCACGUUAGAGAGGCAGCUCACGAGAGCAGCAACUGUGAUGGCGGCAUCGAGAGAGGGGACCUUCAAGGAGAAGGAGCUGGCCAGACAGCUUGAGGCGAUGCAGGAGGAUCGUGAUAGGGCGACAGAGGCUCUUGCUGUGAAGGAAAAACAAAUGGCUAAGAUCGAGGAAGAAUUGGAGGCGGUCAAAGAACAGUACGCGAGUAUGGAAUGUGAAGUCUCACGCCUUCAGCAAGCGCAGACUGCGGCAUUUAAAUUGAAGACUGUUGGUUCUGCGGGCAGUUCCCAGAAGUGCGGUAGAGCAGAGACGAGCAGGAGUCAACCAUUGGGCGCUGUUGUUGGCAGCCCCUGUGUGGCCUCGGCGACUCAGCGGAAGUCGAAUGACUUUGUGUGCAGGCUGCUGAAGGCUGAGGGGUGGUCCAUGGGCAAACUGCCCUCAAGGGCUGGUUCGCCGUGUGGUUCCUGGCGGCUGGUGUGGGACGACCCUGCGGCACCUGAGAGGACCAAGCGGCAUCGGAUGGUUCAGCUAGCCGAUAUAGUCCGUGUGGAGUUCGGGGAGACAUCACAGUGUUAUCGUCGAAUGGCUGCUACUGGUAAGAGCUGGCCAGGAAGUCGCCAGGUUGAUAAGGGAGUCAAGCCUCACAGUGGAGAGGGGAGUGGAUGGUGUAUAUCUCUGGUUCUUCGUGAGGGUGCCUCUCGAGCCGCCCUGGAUUUGGUCCUACCGAACAGGAACGCGUUUGAGGUUUGGGUCCUUGGCAUCAAUGAGCUCUGUGACUACAGUAGUCGAUUGAAGUCUCUCACGAGGGAGACGUUUAUGCUCUAUAAAGCCCUUAACGAUGAUGCUGCCGUCGAGCCAAUGGGUAAAUUUAGUGGUGAAGGUCGCGGAGCACUGGACUCCUGCGAUGGUCCUGAAGAAAGGCUCCCUGGCGGCUUCAUGAGUCUACCUGAGCUCCUCAAAGACCAGAUCCGCCCACUCGGUGCAAGGAACUCCGCCGGCCUUAUUAAACGCAUGUUGAGUCUCGACGAAGUCGACGCCCUCUUCGACAAUAUAGCCGCUAGCCGUAGAGAUGCGGUGGCAAGAUGA